AUGUCUUCUAUAGUUGAUAUAACCAACAGACUAGCUACAAGAUACAGAAGCACAUUCAAGAGAUCGGCAAGAGAGGAAAGUUCUCGUGUAGAUGAGAGAGAGGAAAUAGCCACAUACCAUUAUGAUACAGUAAUGGAUCUACUACAAGACAAAAGAUUCAAUGGCUAUGUAUUCGAGAAAGUAGUCAGUCACAACCACUUCCAGGGAUAUACCAUAGAUCCACUUCCAAAUCUUAUAUAUGUAAAGAAUAAUACAGGAAAGGUUAGUACUAACCAAUUAAUUAUUAUUCCUAUACAGAGAUGGGUAUACCAACAAUACUACAAAGGGUUCUCAUCAUUAUCAUGGUUCCAUGAGACCGUAAUUGUUCGUACCCCAGAGCCGGUCAAAUUAUUCGAUUCUGCUCAAGGUAUAUUUAUGUGGUAUCGAUCAAUCAAAUAUUCAAUUGUAGUCAAGAAUGAUCCAGGCUUGGAAAGAAAUGCACCACUUCUCAAAUGGGUACAAUCAAAGAUCCCAACACAAAGAUCCAUUACCCAAGCUCCACCCGCCACCAAUGUAUCUGGACCAAUAUCCUCGUCUUCCUCGUCCACCACCACUACAACGACGAGUCAUUCUUCAAUUCAUCCUCGAGACAGAGAUGGCGGCUAUAAUAUGGAUAGUGAUGCCUCAAUCGCUAGUAAAACGGGUUGUUAUAUCAUAUCAUUCUCAAAAGAUAUCAAAGAUAUUGGAAGUAUGAGUGAGACAAAUCAAAGAGCAGGAACGUCGCGAGGGGGAAAAGAAACGACCCCCAAAAAGAUCGUCGAUAAAUUGGCCGCCGAGAAUGAUUCAUCACUGUUGUCGUUGGAGGGCAUCCAAAAUAUAUUCAAAAUGUAUGACUACCAUGACAUUGAAAGACAUGGAAAGGCUGUCAAGACACCCGACCGAGGUCAAAGAUAUGAUCGCUCGAUUCUGUCAAUUGGGCAUCAAAGUCCACCUCUGCCAUCUUCACACAGAGACCCUGGCAAAGGGAUCGUACUAUAUCGAUUUCGAGUUGUCUACCUACCAGAUGGAUCGACAAGGUAUCAAGUGGUUGAUUAUGAUACUGUCGUCAAUGGAAUCGUAGAGAUAUCAGACACAUUCUACUUCUUGUCUGCUGACCAUGGCCUCUAUCGCAUCAGAUACCAAGUGACCAAACACAUGAUCGAGAAUGUGUUUAGGUACCUGUCUUGGCGCCAAUCGAUCAAAGCCAUCUAUGGGGACAUUCCCAAUGUCGUUCUCUUCUCUAGGACAUCAGCUAGUAAUAAUAAUUGUGGCAGCAGUAUCAAUGAUCAAGUUCUAGGAUCACUCACCUUUUCCGGAGCUAGACAUUCUUAUGUGUGCAAGAGCAUGCCAGCCCAUCCAGUUUACCAAAACGAGGAGGAAAUCGAGGCCGCAAUGUAUGGUGAAAAUCCAACCCCAUCAACCGAUAGCACGCUUCCAGUGGACAUGGAUGCUCCUCAACUCGUAACCACAUUGACAGAAGAAGAAGUUGGUGAUGAAAAUAGUACAGAGGAAAAUGAUAAUAAUUAA